UUUUUUUUUCUAAUGUUUCCAGGAGUAGCUAGCAUGCGUCUUCUGUAAAGACCCAACAGCUUUGACUAUGGCUUUGAAUCAUCUGAGCUUGCUACGGCCUCUUCUUCAUCCGUCCCUGGUGCGACAUGUCAGGUGUCCCCUCCUGGCCUCGCCCAGAGUCAUCGUCAGACCUCCUUUGUGCCUCGGCACCUCCCAGCAGCCUGCUGCUGCCUGCACCCGGCUCUAUGCCACCAAGAAGUCAAAAGCGAAGGCAAAGGGCCAGUCGGCUAAGGUGAACAUUAAUUCGGCUCUGGUGGAAGACAUCAUCAGUCUGGGUGAAGUGAAGGAAGACAUGAGCGCUGUUCUCGGCGCGCUCAAAGAUGACUUCACACGCAGCCUCAGCAUCAGAACCUCGCCAGGGGCUCUGGAUCACAUUGUGGUGACGACUCAAGAUGGGAAGUUCCCCCUCAACCAGCUGGGUCAGAUCUCCAUGAAGUCACCUCAGCUCAUUAUGGUCAACAUGAGCAGCUUCCCUGAAGCCACGGCCGCGGCCACCCGUGCCCUCAGAGAGAGCAGCAUGAACCUAAACCCCGAGGUGGACGGGACCAUCAUCAAGGUGGUUGUUCCCAAAGUGACACGGGAGCACAGAGAGAACCUUGCCAAGCUGGCCAAGCAGCUCAGCAACAAGGCAAAGGACUCCCUGAGGAGAGUUCGCACCAAUGCCGUCACACAGGUGAAAAAGGCAAAGGAGGGACAUUCUGAGGACACCAUACGGCUCCUGGAAAAACAGAUUCAACAGAUGUCCGACAACUUUGCAGCAGACAUCGACAAACAGCUUGCAGCCAAGACCAAGGAGCUGUUAGGCUGACGGCAGGCGAUUCGGAAGAUGACACCAGACGGGCAGCUCCGGCCGGAGGACGUGCACCGCAGCAGCACGUCUCAGUAACAGACAGGGACUGCGCCACGUCAAGCGGGUGGGUCCUGAAUCUCACAACACAGGAAGACAUCUCAGUCACAGACUUUUUUUUUUCUUGCCGACCUCGUCGUUGGCGUUCGCCACCACUGGGCGAUACCUGCGUCCAGCACAUAAACGGACACUGGCGCAACAGUGACAACGGCAGACUGCCCGUCACCCCCCUCCUGCUUUUGCUUUUUCUCGUCUUCAAACAAACACCGAGCAGAAGGGAAGAAUGGACUUUUAAUGGGAUUUGCGGGCCUCCUCCUAAUCAAACCCCUUGCCACAUGGGCUGUCUGUUUAUACAAAGCAAGCGCACCCGUUCGAAUGUAAACUGGCUGCGGGUUUUUAUCGGUGACAAGGGCGAGAGAGAGUGGGUUCCAGAGACGUAGGAGUCGGCCCAACAGAUACCAUGCAUGCUGCCAAACAUUUGUUUCACAUUGAUUCAGAAGUCUGUUCAAAAAUGCGCGUGUGGAAAAUAGAAAAAAGGUCUUUCAUUUCUGUUCAUGUCUAGGAUUGAUAACAUGACUACUCUAUUUUAAAUACAAUAAAGUCGGGAAAGGAACAUUAUUGAUGGACCCCAUUAAAGAAACACUGCUUUGAA